ACAGACAGCUCCCCGGCCCAAUCGGCGAGCCCAGCAGGGGGGCGGGGGGUGUCCGAGGGGGUGGGUCUUGUCUCCAUCAAUUCCAGCAGCCCAGCUCCCCAGCCAGGCGGAUGCCGAAAUCAGCCAGCCUCCCAUUGGAUUUGAUCCUCCUUUUCUUCUCCCCUUCCCCCCCUUCCACUUCCCCGCCCCCCCUCACCCCGGCAAAGCGGGUGGAAAACCCAGACGUCUGCCCGGAUCUCCUCCCCCACCCCCAGUUUUCUUUUCCACCCUGCAUCCCACCCUCCCCAAUUCUCCUCCUCCCCCUGUCUAUUGUUGGCAUGGGCAUAACCCACGUCUGAUCCUUUCUAUUGCUUGGCCCCUGCCAGCCCUCCGCUGGGCGGAUUGGCCCCUUCCCUCCUUCCCCUUGGAGCUCUGAGGCGGAGGAAGGAAGGAAGAUGCUUCGGGAUGAAAAGCAGGUAGCAGCUGAGGCCAGGCCAGCCCAUCUUCCUGGCGAUGCGAAGCCAGGGUGCCCUCCAGCCCAGGUCCCCCUCACCCCUUCGGAUGCGUGAAAGCCACUGGGCGCGCCCCCCCUGUCCCGCACAUCUGCCCCGUUUCAGGCGGCGUGGCCUGCGGCUGGCUUCCCUCCCUCGGGUCUCCCCUGUUCCCCCCCCGGACCUAGGCCGUCUCCCCGCCGGUGGCCCCCGCCGAUCGAUGCCCGCCGAGCCCCAACAAUGCUAAGGCAGGGGCCUGUCGUCCUGCUGGCCGCCUCCAUGUCGUAUUUCAACCCGGACAGAGCAUUAGCUGCGCCGCUGGAGAACGAUGGUCUGUCCCAAGGCCGGUUCCCUCUUGCUCCCCCUUAUGCCGUGGUCUUGAUCUCCUGUUCGGGUCUCCUGGCCUUCGUCUUCCUCCUCCUCACCUGCCUGUGCUGCAAACGGGGCGAUGUCGGCUUCAAGGAGUUCGAGAACCCGGAUGGGGAAGAGUAUUCGGGGGAAUACACGCCACCUGCUGAGGAGACCUCAUCAUCCCAGUCCAUCCCAGACGUCUACAUCCUGCCACUUUCUGAGGUCUCGCUCCCGGCUCCCAACAAGCAGAUGCCCAAGACAGACCUAGUGAAGCAUCUGGGCUUGAGCCGGCAGCACCUCAGCUACCUGCAGGAGAUCGGGAACGGCUGGUUUGGGAAGGUGAUCCUGGGGGAGAUCUUCUCAGACUUCACCCCAGCCCAGGUUGUGGUGAAGGAGCUUCGAGUCAGUGCCGGACCCCUGGAGCAGAGGAAGUUCCUGUCAGAGGCUCAGCCCUAUCGAAGCCUUCAGCACCCCAACAUCCUUCAGUGCCUGGGGCUGUGCACGGAUACCAUCCCCUUCUUGCUCAUCAUGGAGUUCUGCCAGCUGGGCGACUUGAAGCGCUACCUGCGAGCCCAGUGCCAGGCAGACGGGCUGACCCCCGACCUCCUGACCCGUGACCUCAGCACACUUCAGCGCAUGGCCUAUGAGCUCAUCCUAGGGCUGCUACACCUGCACAAGAACAACUACAUCCACAGCGACCUGGCCCUGCGGAACUGCCUGCUGACCUCUGACCUCACCGUCCGUGUUGGCGACUAUGGCCUCUCACACAACAACUACAAGGAGGAUUAUUACAUCACCCCCGACCGGCUGUGGAUCCCGCUGCGCUGGGUGGCACCGGAGCUGCUGGACGAAGUUCACGGGACGCUCGUGGUGGUGGAUCAGAGCAAGGAGAGCAACGUCUGGUCCCUGGGGGUGACGAUGUGGGAGCUGUUUGAAUUCGGCAGCCAGCCCUACCGGCACCUGUCGGACGAGGAGGUUCUCGCCUUCGUCAUCAAAGAGCAGCAGAUGAAGCUGGCCAAGCCGCGCCUGAAGCUCCCCUACUCUGACUACUGGUACGAGGUGAUGCAGUCGUGCUGGCUGCCAGCGCCACAGCGCCCCACGCUGGAGGAGCUGCACCUGCAGCUGACCUACCUGCUGACGGAGCGCUGCCACGCGCAGGCGGAGGAGAGUUUUGAGUGGCGCUGGAAUGCCCUGAAGCCCAAGCGCUCGCCGGCCGCCUCCCCCCCUCGCCGGCACCGCUCGGAGGAGAUCUCGGCCUACCCGCUGCUGGAUGGCUUCCAGGGGGCCGACCUAGACGACGUCCUCACGAUCACCGAGAGCAGCCGGGGGCUCAACUUCGAGUACAUGUGGGAGAAGGCCCGGCUGGGGCGCUGGAAGGCCAGCCCGGCCCCCGGGGCCACCCCAGCCAGCAACGGCAGCCUGGCUGUGCCCGGCGCCAACCCCUUCUAUGAGGCGCCGGUGCGGCAGAGCCUGGAGACGCCCAGUGUGGUCCCGGUGAUUAGCGCCCGCAGCCCUUCGGUCUGCAGCGAGUACUACAUCCGGCUGGAGGAGCACGGCGAGGGGGAAGGGCCCGAGGGCACCGUCUGCACCCCCAGCCCCGUUUACGAGCGCCAGUACGGGGUGACCGGCUCCCCGCCGGAGCCCCUCUUCCCUUCUGACUGGGAUCCUAUUGAAGCGGGCCGGGGCAGCCCCCCGCCCCCAGCCCGGCACCACGUCCCCCACCUCCUGCCGGAGGGGCCAGCCAGCUGGGCCCCCAGUGCCACCAACCCUUUUAUCUCAGUGUCCCAGGAGCCGGCCCGGCGCAGCGCCAACCCCUUCCGGACCGAGAUCCAGGAGACCUCGCUGACAGAUCCAGCGCCGGGGGGCAUCUUCCUGGGGGAGUCCCUGCUCCAUGUGUACCAGGAGCUGGAGGAGCAGCAGCGUGGCUGGGACUGCGAGGGGCUGGAGGAGCGGGGAGCCGGGGAGACGCUGGCGGGGGACCCCUCGGAGUUCCACCCCUCACCCCCCUGGGACCGGGAGCCCUCCCUGAUGGAGGAGCAGAGCUCGGCCGGCAGCACGGACGGGGAAGACGCCAGCAGCGGUGGGGGCGGGCGCCGCAACCCCCUGCUCUGCCCGCUCUGCAGCCGGGGCGGGCGCUGCCGCUGUGCCCCGGGCCGGGGGGAGGUCGUGAGCGGCUGGAGCAACCACGCCCCCAUCCCCCGGCCCCACCGCGACAGCUACGGCACCGAGGAUGAUUCCUCCCUCAAGGUGGAGCGGGGCUCCCUGGCCGACUGCCCCAUCCUGCUAGGAGAGGGCCCCCCCGAGGCUGGAGAGGGCGGAGCUGGGCCACCCGGCCCACCCCCUUUGGCCGGGGCGCUGCCCCCUCCCUCGGCGUUCUAUGACCCACUGAUGGGCACGGCCGUGGUGAGCUACGAACUUCAGGACUACCCCAAGCGGGGGGUGGCUGGGCGGCCACCGGGCUCGCCCUUCCCCGGGCUGACCGCCACCUGCUGCAGCGUAAUUGUGCCGGUGGAGAUCCCACCCCUGGCCACGCUGGCGGAGAGCGCCGACGAGGAGACCAUCGCCAUCGUGCCCGAGGCCACAGACGGCUUCGUGGCCAGGCCUGAGAUCGGCCCGGCCCCAGUGGGCCGGUGGAGGGGCCCUCUGGACUCCGGGGACUCACUGGACUUCCCGUCCAAAACCAGCUCCUCCGAGGGCUGCAGCCCAGCCUCCCGUUUCUCUUCGCCAGGCCAGAAGUUCCCCGACAGUGGCUACGAGACGGAGAACACUUUUUCCCCGGAGCUCCUCGUCCGGGAGCCCGAGGAGGAGGAGGACGGGGAGUCGCCCGGCGAAGGGGAUGCUGCCCAGCUGCCCCCCACGCCCAUCUCGGAGUCCACCAGCGACCUGACGCUGUCGGAGGAGACGCCGGGGACCGAGGAGGAAGCGGGCUCGGGGCGGGGGCUGGCCACGACCCACCGAGAUUCGGCCUAUUUUUCCGACGGCGAGGGGGAGGAGGGCCGGGGGGAAGAGGAGGAGGCGGGGCAGGAUGGGGGGCAGCAGGCGCCGACCAAGGUGGAGGCCGGCUUCGUAGUGCAGGUGUGCAAGGAGCAGCUGCUGGUGUCGCUGCGGGAGAACAUCACCCGGAACCUGCUUUGCAGCCACCGGGACCCGGGGACCUCGGUGUCCGGGGCCCCAGCUGUCAAGGAGGAGGCCGUGAUCCGACUCUGGGCCCUGGAGCCCGAGGGGGCCUGGGGUGCUGGAGACAAGCAGGAAGGGGGCGGCGGGGAGACGGCAGGUGGGCCGCCCCAGGAAAAGGAGGAGGGGGCAGAGAGCAAGGAAGGGCAGCUGGAUGGCCAGGAGGUGCCGGAGCUGAGCGGGGAGGCCCCUGUCCCCAGCCCCGAGGGAUCUGACCUGGCAUCUGAGCAGCUGCAGCCCCAGCCCCACCUGGACUUCAGCAUAGCAGGGAGCCCAGGCAGCGAGGACAUCAAAGCCAGGUUCUCGCGCCCUUGUCGCUGGCGCUGGGCCGCCCUUGCUGAGCCUGCCAGCCCUCGUACACCGGCCGGGGGCAGGUUAAAGGGGCUGCGGUUGGGUGCUUGGCCACCGGAGGAGGAAGGGGAGCUGGAGCGGGAGCAGCUGGGGCCAGGCGAGGAGUAG